CACAAAUCAGUGCGUUGCGUCCCAGGUGGUUUCGUUAUUGUCGUUAACAACAUUCUGUGAAUAACAUGAAAACAGUGAAUACCCACAGUCGAAAUCAAAGUCAAUACUAAGUCUCAUUAAGCUUGUGAACCCCAGUAAUAAUGGCUUCAAAUGUCAACAAAACAAUAAUUUGUUAUGAUGUACCUCUUGCAUUGCUGCACAAAACUGAAGCAAAACGCUACUUCAAAACUUUCGGCAGCAUAGUAAAGAUAAUUGUUAAACAAAAAAGCAGAAAGUGUAUCGUGGAAUAUGAGAACUCCGAGUCGGCACAAGAAGCGCUCAGCCUUGGUGGUGAAUAUGAAGGUGUUGAGUUUCCCAUUGAAUUUCAACUCAAACCUACCACCACCAAGGCAAAAACUAAACCAAAAAAAGAUGUAGAUCCAGAUUGGAAUAUGGACGAUGACGUAAAAGCUGAAUUGGAGGCAAUGGGUAUGUCUGCAGGUGGUAACUACAACAUGCCAGGGAAUAAAAAACAAUAUAAUCUUAGACCUGAGAAAAUGGCUAUUGAUGUUGAGUUAAAUUCCCUUGUAAAGAAAGCAACCAGAACUGAACGGAGCAAAAAAUCGUCUACUACAACAUCAACGACCGCAUCGUCGACCAAAUUCGCCGAGAGGGACUUAUUGAAUAUUCUACGUCAACGUGCCGAAAAUACAGAAGAUAAGUACAGAAUGCUAGAUGCUAGAGACAAACUAAUAAGAUUAAGACGAUACAAAAACGUUGAUGUGCACAUGUUAGGCGUUACGGUGGGAACAUGCCCAGACAUGUGCCCGGAAAAGGAGCGCUUAAUGCGUGAGGUGCAGCAUCAAGUGGCGCUAUAUGAACAAACCAGUCAAGCUGGUGAUCGCUCUAUGAACCACUCGAUAGCUGUGAAACAAUAUUCCCGAAGUUCGGCAGAUCAGGAAGCACCGCUACCGCAUGAGUUGCGUGGUGUUGAGGUACUGCAAAUGACCAUGGGAUAUCUAAUGCAUCGCAUCAUGCGGUUGGCGGAUUCACCAGAUUGUAAUCUUGGAGAGUGGUAUCAUUUUCUAUGGGAUCGCAUGAGGGGUAUUCGAAAAGACAUCACACAGCAAGAACUUUGUUGUGAAGGUUCUGUGCGUUUGGUAGAACAGUGCGCUAGGUUUCAUGUACAUUGUUCAGCAAGGCUGGUUGCUGAAGAUGCCGCUGUCUUUGAUCAGAAGAUCAACACUGAAAAUCUAACUAAAUGUCUACAGACAUUGAAGUACAUGUAUAAUGACUUGGCGAUACAAGGCGUGAGAUGUCCCGAUGAGGCAGAGUUUCGAGCGUAUGUGAUUUUGUUAAAUUUGAACGAUGGUAAUUUCAUGUGGGAAGUACAACAACUGCGCGCGGAUAUACAAAAAUCCCCGGAGAUUAAAUUUGCUUUGGAGGUGUAUUCAUCACUGGAUAAAAAUAACUUUGUAAAAUUUUUCAAGUUGGUACGCGCUACGACUUAUUUGAAUGCUUGUAUUCUUUUGAGAUACUUUAUCCAGGUUCGGACGAAAGCCAUGCGACUUAUAGCAAGGUGUUACACACCGAGGUUGCCGCACGCGCAAUUUCCCAUAGCGCAAUUAAUUGAAAUGCUCGCGUUUGAAGGUGUAUCUUCAUGCGUUGAUUUUGUCGAACACUGCGGGUUGACCGUUUCUUCAGAUAGAAGCACGGUACUUUUGAACAAGCGAGAUUUUCAGGAUCCGGAUGUUCCUUACGUUUUGGAUCGCGCUGUUCGUGUGAUUGAAUCAAAGCAAAGGCAAUCAUUGGGCGAAGUGGUUUGUGGGCAAGAAUUACCGCCACCUCUUUAUGAAACUCACGUUCCUCAUGAUAGUUUUGAUCAGGAUGGUUAUCUCCAAAAUUUGGAUGAUUUUGAUUUGGAGCAGGUGACUCAGGACGAACCAGAUAGAGCGAUGUUUAAAAUAAAUGAGCGAUCAAGCAGUCCGUUUGGAGGCAAGGAUAGUAGGGAAGCUCCACCACCUAAAGUAGUCCCGAAAGUGGGUGGUUUUGCCUUUGAUUUGCCACAGCAACAUGAUCUGGCCCGAGAGAAGGCUGAAUGCGAAGCUCGUCUACGUGAACAACAUGAAGCUGAAAAAGAAGCGGAGCUUAAAAGAUACCAAGAACAGAUGCGCAUUGAGAAACAAAAACUUCACGAACAACAACAACUAAUUGAGGCCUCUUUAGAGCGUGAACGUUUAGAGUAUGAGCAUCGUAUGCAAUUGCAAUGUGAAGAACAGCGCCGUCAGAUGGAAGAGGCGCGUAUUAAAGAAGAAGAGCGGCAAUUGGAAGAGGAGCGAAUUCGUCAACAAAAACUAAAAGAUUUUCAACGUAUGGAAGAAGAGGAAUUGAAACGCAAACAGUUGCAACAACGACAACGUGCUGAGGAAGCUCGUCGUCGACAGAUAGCCCUGCAGGAAGCGAAAGCUGCAGAAAUUGCAGAAACUCACCGUCUUCAAGAAAUUCGCUCAGCAGUCUUUACUGUUGUUUCCAAGUUAGUAACGGACGUAGAAAAAAAUUACCGAAAAAAUCGACUUAAGGAAUUAAGAACUAAUGUGUUGGCACGAUUCGCGCUCCAAAAAUGGCGUGUUAAAGUAUCGUCAAAUAAACGCAAGCGCAAAGCGAUUGAUCUAGGCCCACUCUGGAUGAACAAACUAACAUCUCAAGAAAUGGCCAAAGAAUUGUCCAUUCCUCAACAGAGCCUUACGCUGAAUUUGAUGAAGCGUUAUAAAAGGGGUGUGGCAAACAAUUCACCAGAAGGAAGAGUGUUACCCUUGGUUGAGAAAUUAGACGCGCGGACGUUGAUGCAGUUAACAGCAAAUCAUCUCCUGAGGAAUGCCAUGCAGGCGAAGCGACUACAGAAUGACAUAUUUUGGAAAGUUGGUGUAUAUUUUGAGGAGAGAGCUGAUGAUGGCGACCUGGUGCGCAAAACAAUGGAUGAGGCGAUGGGAUGGGAUCAAGUUAAAGUAUUACUUAAACGCGUCAAAGUCAAUCAAAACAAUUUGACUUACUGUCUGCAGAAAACAGCGAUGGACGUGUCUGAGCAAAUGAAUGCGCUACUAAUUGUGACUCGAAAGUUAACUGAAGAAUUGGUCGAUAAACUUCUUGUAUAUUUAAACAGUUUAGGUGACUUGGAAUGCAUGCCGGUGUAUUUUGUCUUAGAAGAAGAGGAUGACCAGCUGAAAAAUGAAGUGGAGGUGUUAUUAAAGAACAAGUUGAUUUCGGAGAAGGAUUGUUUAGUUUGUGCCUUUUUGCCAGAUAAUCUUAGUGUGGCUUUGGGACGGGGCUUAGAAUUUCUCUCACAACAGUAUAGGCCACCGCCUCCAUUAUUACUAAACACUCUGAGGGCGUUCCUUGGGGAAAAUUUAGGAGGGGAGUUCUUUCAAAAAGUAAGAGCGUUUUCAAAAUGGAAUCUGCCCUAUAAACACUGCGUCGCAAAACCACAAGUUGCGAUUGCUCUAUUUAAUCAAGGACUGCAAAAAUUAGAAGACAUUAUUUUGGAUGAGCAGAGAUGUGAUUAUGCAUCAUUUCCAGAAAUUUUUAAAGAACAUCUCGCUAACGAGAUACCUGAUUUUCUUCCAUGUGAUUUUAAAUAUUUUCCGAAAUUUUGGAAGACUGACGAAUAUAAUUCGGCACUUAAAAGAGCACUGAAACAGUUCCAACUUCCGCAGUACAAUGGAGAGUGGCCAUUGGAGGCAGGGCCGAACUUUGAACGCGAUAUUUUUGACUAUUGUGAACUUGUGUGUGCUGCACGGCCGGAAGCAGAGAAACUCUUCUAUAAAGUAGUUGCGAAAUUGCUUAGAACAGCUGAAACUGGAAAUCAAUCUUGGAUGGACGUCGCUGAAGUCAUACUGGAACAUAAUCUCAUGUGUAUAAAUCUUGAGUUUUCAAAAGUUUUCAAAUCUCAGACUAUAUUUAAUCAGUUAAUUGUGAUUUUUCAAAGUGACCGUUUGCACGGGUACACCAAUGAUCCGUGGUAUUAUUUGAAAAAUCCUAUGGUUCAACGCGAGAUCGAAACGUCAAAAGAUGGGGAACAAGAUGGUGAAGUUGAUGCGAGAAGUAUUAGCCCUCGUAUUUAUGAAGCAGUACCAGAUGAAAUUGUGCUUGAUCUAGAUUUACAUUUGAAACGCGCAUUUGAACCGGAUUUGCUUGAUGACGAACGGCAAGCGAACGCGAAGAAGUGUCGAGCAGCCAUGGACGACUUUCGGUUUCUAAUGGACGAUCUUGAAGAGAGCAUGAAGAUACAGCGAAAAGUUAGCCAAAAGUUUCAAGCGAACUUGAAGAAUUAUCUUGAUAACACGUAAUUUAUUCUUUUAUAUAUGUUAAUGCUUUUGAAACAUGUUUGCCAGGGAACAACAAUAAUUUUAAAAUUUCAUUAUAUGACCAUUUCUUACGGUUGUGAGUAAACACUUAAACUAAACUAUUUUUUACAUUAAAUAUUGAUUUUAAAAGUUAUAA